AUGCCCCAAGGGAGCCGGGGGGAACCCCGCUGGAGGGCGCCCGGCCCGCGCCCGCCGCCCCCGCCGCGGACAGCGCUGCCCCCGGCACCGGAGCGGCACCGGAGCGGGGCCGGCACCCCGCGCUCCGGAGCGGCUCUCGCAGCGCCCCGCCUGCGCAGCACGGCCGGGACCUCAAGGGACCCGGGCUGGCGGGGCGAGCGCAGGAGAGCGGCCGCUCCGCAGCUCCGGCCCCACGCCCGCGGCGCGCACGGGGCGGCGCUGGAUGCGCCGGCGGCGGGAGGCGGGCGGCAGCCGAGCGGGACCCCGCGCAGCGGCGCGGAGCGCGGCGUGAUGAGCGCGGGCAGCGGCAGCGGCGCCGCCGGCGCGGCGGGCACCGCCACCUCCGCGCUGUGCCUGCUGCUCUCGCUCACCGCCGUGGCCGUGUGCCUGCUGCUGGGCGCCAAGACGGCGGAGCUGCAGGGCCGGGUGGCCGCGCUGGAGGAGCGGGGCGCCGCCGGCCACGGGCCGCUGCUGGACGCGCUGCAGCCCCGCGUGGAGCAGCUGUUCCGCGAGAAACUCGGCGAAGGACUGGCGAAGCUGCGGACGGCGCGAGAGGCCCCGGCAGACUGCGUGUGCCCCCCAGGGCCCCCGGGGAGGCGAGGGAAGCCCGGCCGGCGAGGAGAGCCAGGACCUGCAGGGCAGUCAGGACGUGAUGGUUACCCGGGGCCUCUUGGCUUGGAUGGCAAACCAGGACCUCCAGGACCAAAAGGGGAAAAGGGGGAAACAGGAGACAUUGGCCCAAGGGGUGACCAAGGUCGAGAUGGAGCCACAGGCCCCCCUGGUCCACCGGGACCCCCAGGUGCCCGGGGGCCUCCUGGUGACACAGGAAAGGAUGGCCCAAGAGGACCUCCAGGCCCCCCUGGUUUCAAAGGCGAGCCAGGGGAGGAUGGAGUCAUGGGUGCCAGAGGACCUCCAGGACCAAAGGGUGAACCUGGUGUCCAAGGGAAAAAGGGUGAUGAUGGGAUCCCUGGGGAGCCAGGACUUGUGGGCCCUAAGGGAGAAAAAGGAAGCGUGGGUCUGAAGGGAGAGAACGGCACAGAUGGCUUCCCAGGACUAAAGGGUGAACCUGGUGAGAAGGGAGGAAUUGGCUCCAUUGGACCCCGGGGUCCCCCUGGGCUGAAAGGGGAGCAGGGAGACACCGUUGUGAUCGACUACGAUGGCCGAAUCCUGGAUGCGCUCAAGGGUCCACCAGGUCCCCCAGGGCCACCGGGCCCCCAAGGCACUCCAGGUUCCAAGGGAGAGCUGGGCUUGCCAGGUCCACCUGGAAUGGACGGUGAAAAGGGUCCCAAAGGAGCAAAGGGUGACCAGGGCAGCAUGGGGAUCAUGGGGCAGAAAGGAGAGACAGGAGAAAUGGGCUCAGCAGGUCCCCCGGGAGCAGAAGGGCCGAAAGGAGACAAAGGAGAAAAAGGAGACACUGGGUCACCAUGUCUACAGAAUAAUCAUGUAAGAUCUUGGCAACAUAAAGUCUCUUUCAUGACACAGGAUCAGGCAAAGUUUCCUCUCCUGAACCAUCUUCUCUUGCCCAGCCUUGUUAACGUGCUGUUUCAUUCCCUUCUGCAGAUCAUACCUGAGCCUGGACCCCCCGGAUUACCUGGCCCUAUGGGUCCUCCAGGAAUCCAAGGGCCUAAAGGUUUGGAUGGUGCAAAGGGAGAAAAAGGUGACAGUGGUGAAAAGGGGGACCAAGGUGACACCGGACCUGCUGGUCUCCCGGGUGCUCCAGGGCUCAUUGGUUUGCCUGGUACCAAAGGAGAAAAGGGAAAGCCAGGGGAGCCAGGAUUGGAUGGUUUCCCUGGUCUCAGAGGAGAGAAAGGAGAGAGAAGUGAAAGAGGGGAGAAGGGUGAACGAGGAAUACCGGGGAGAAAAGGGGCCAAAGGACAGAAGGGGGAACCAGGCCCUCCCGGACUGGAUCAGCCUUGUCCCGUGGGACCAGACGGACUGCCAGUAGCAGGAUGUUGGCAUAAGUGAUCUCUAAGCAUGAAGCACAAUAUGUAAAUAAUGUGAUAUAUUUUGAUCUUUUUAAUUUUUGUAUAAAAAAAGGAAAAAAAAAAACUUUUGACAGUAAUAUAUUGACCUUUUUUUAUACUGGAUUCUGACAUUUAUGGACUUGGAAAAUAAUUUAAAGCUCCCAAACCCAUACCACUGCAUGGUAACACCAGGAUUUGCUAAAGGUACCGACGACAGUAGCUGGGGAUGGACAGUGUUCCCUGCUCAUGCUGCAGUGUGAACUAACAGUACUGAGCCAGCCUCGUGUGCCUUACUGCAUGGAGGGCAAAAUCCCUGUCCUGAUUUGGCUCUUAACUUCAUAUUUGCAUUGUAUAUGCACAUUAAAAGGGUGAAAAAAACUGGCUGAAAAUAAAGAAAAAAAAGAUGCAGCCCUAAAAAUGAAAGAAGCUGCUGUCUGUUGUCUGGUCAAA